GCAACAUGGUGGAUGCCUACUUCCGGUAAAACUUCAAAGUAGAAGCUCGGACAGUAGAUGGCGCUGUAUCCGAAGCAAGCGCCUCCUCCUCGGGCGGACUUUUAUUUUGAAAGGCGAUUGUCGUCAUCGCUGACAAGUUUCUUUACGUUUCAUGUCGUAGACGUUUGACCGUAUGUGGAAAGUAGCAAUGUCGGAGGAGGUUGGGAAGGCGCUACAGUCGGUAGUGGAGCGGGUGAACCAGGCGGCGGCACGGCGGCCCAAGACACUGCCAGCCGUGCCGCCCCGCCUCGUAGCCGUCAGCAAGACCAAACCCCCAGAGAUGGUCGUGGAGGCCUACAGACAAGGGCAGCGGAACUUUGGAGAGAACUAUGUCAACGAACUGGUGGACAAAGCUUCAGAUCCUCUGAUUCUAGACUCGUGUCCAGAAAUCAAGUGGCACUUCAUAGGCCAUCUGCAGAAGAAUAAUGUCAACAAACUUUUGGGCGUGCCAAACCUGUUCCUCGUGGAGACCGUUGACUCGGCCAAACUGGCUGACAAGGUCAAUAGCUCGUGGCAGCGUGUCAGAGGAGCUGGCACCCAGAGGUUAAUGGUCAUGGUGCAGCUCAACACCAGCGGAGAACAGAGUAAACAUGGCCUGCCGCCAGAGGAGACGGUAAACACGGUGAAACACAUCGUGUCCCAGUGCUCCGCCCUGCACUUCUCAGGACUCAUGACCAUCGGUCGCUAUGGCUACGACCUCGACCUGGGCCCCAAUCCAGACUUCAAGAUGCUGCUGGAUCGGAGGCAGGAGGUGUGUGACGGCCUGAAGCUGCCUGUGGAGGAGGUAGAACUCAGCAUGGGAAUGUCUACGGACUUUGAACACGCGAUUGAGGUGGGCGCCACCAACGUGCGAGUGGGCAGCGUCAUAUUCGGCAACAGGGAGUAUCCCAACAGUGCAGCCAACACUCCAAACCCCAGCCCGGCCCCCAGCCCCGAGAAGACGAGCAAGAAGGUGUCCGAAGAGGCCGCCAAGAAGAUGCAGCACCUCACUGUGUCCGAACACUAAGGAGAGCGUCCCCUCAUCUGAAACAACCUUUAAGAAAAACUAAAAAAAACAACAGUCUUCACAUGCAAACUGAAUAGAGCAGUGAAGCAGAUCAUCUCCACAGAAACAUGUGGAGCUAGGAUUGCAAAAUUGUUGCAUAAUUUUAAAGUGUAAUUGCCUAAUCCUCUUCACUUGUUUUGUGUGCCCUUCUUGCUCUUUUAAGCAUUAACAAGUGGCAUUCACUACAGACAAUAGUUUUACCUUUUUUUAAAAGUACUGUGUUACUAACCUUUAGUGCCCCAUGGAACUCUCUCCUUCAAGAUUAGUGGCCACAACACAAAUGUACAACCACUUCAAACAGGGUGACGUGUUGGAAAUGAUUUCACAGCAGUUAUAAGAUACAUUUGUUGUGCUGACGUGACAUUUUCUACCUUUCCAACCCGACGUGUGACAGUGCUGAAACGUGCUUGAUUGUGUCCAGUGUCCCAGAGAUCAGGAAUUCCACGUUAGUUUGUUGUACAGAUGAAACUGAAGCCUUGAUUUAAUAAAUAAUUUAUCCCUUUAUAAUGACAUAAUAUUGUGUGUUUGAUAUUGUUUCUUAUGUUGUGUCAGAUCUCUAUUCUUGAUAUUAACAGGAGUUAACCUGAAGAAAAGGG